ACACUCUCUCAAGAACGGGAUGUGCUUCUUCUUCGUCUGACUGAGCACCACUCUAUGCAGAACGCCUGGGAAACUUUUCUGGCAGAUAUUGGCGGCCUCCUCGACAAUUUGAAAAAAAGCUUUCGCCGUGAAGAGGACGUGGUGAAGCAUGAAAUGUCCCUUCUCCAGUCGGCAAACGGAAGGCUGCAAACGAAGAUAAAUGACGAUAAAGUGUUUAUCGAGAAUCUGAUGGCGGACAACGAGACUUUGCGUAACUCGCUCAACGAACAAACCACUGGCCUGGAGCGUUCGAACAACGAGAUCAGCAACCUCCAGGCGGAACUCACCAAGAUUCGCUCGGCCCUAUCGAAGGUCACGGAGGAACGCGACCUGGCCCUUGCGUCUCUCCAUCAAGCUGAGAAGAACAUGAGUGAGCAACAGGAGACAUUUUACUUACACAUCAAAGAGAUCGAGAAGAAACUGAACCAGCGGGAAUUCGAGACCAAAGAUAGUGCUCAAAGGCAUGUUCCCGCCAUGGAGACAGCGGCGGCCAGAAGAAUCAGGGAAAACCAGAGGAUGAUGGAUGCCGGAAAGAAAGGGGGGGUUCCGCCUUUUGACAGGUUUGGUUUGAACGAUUUGAAGCGACGACGAGCGUUUCAUCUGGACCCGCUCCAGGAGGCCAAGCAGCAAAUUACCCACCUGAAAGCCGAACUCGCUGAACGCGACUCCGAAGUAGAGCGGCUAGAGGCUCUCGUUCAGGAGCGCACAGCAUUUGUGGAGACCAGAGCAGCUGAACUCGCCGAAUUGCAGCGCACUUCAGAGCUGCCCGAGUGCCUUAUCCUCUAUCCCCAAGUUGCCGGCAAAUGA